CAUUAAUGCACAUGAAAUAUAUUCUUACUCGCCGUUGUUGCUGUUUGCAUAUCCGGUAACGUGGCGAUGGAGCCACAUAAACUUCCUUGGAGCCACAUAAACUGCUAUUUCAACUACCACGACUGUGGUAAUUAUACGAGGCAUGAUUUCAACGCCACCGCUUUCGCUUCUCAGGUGAUUACAGCGUCGUUUUCAUUCGGCUUCUAUUUUUGCGUUCUGUUUAUAAGUGGGUUAGGCGUGUGCUUUAAGUCUGCAAGGAAAGUUUUCAGUUCCCACGCUACCAUCAUUCUCUUUCUCAUCGGCGCUAUUAUGGUCUCCUUGAAUGUGUUCAACACGUCCGAUAACAAGACAAUCAUGUUGUACCAUCGCAUUGUGUCCGCCUCUUCGGUCGGGAUUGUUUUCUUCUUGCUAGGCGCGAUUUGCUUCUUUCAGAAGCCAACUGGGACGGAGACUUCAACGCAUCGCACCUUGGGGGAACACGAACCAUCCAAAGGGCUUCUGGUAAUUAUAAUUACCCUUCCCCUUACUAUGACAGAGCUUAUGUUUCUGUCAGGCGCCCAAGCUUCGGAGAAAGAGAUGCCUUCAAAACAACGUAAGUUGUGGCCCCUUCUUGUGACUUACGAAGCAAUUUUCAUUGUGCAAAAGUCCAUCCAGGCGGCAGUUUACAUCUCGUUAAGAAAUUUAAGAAUUCGUGAAACUUACAGAGAAAAUGCCCAGUUUUAUUUCAAGAUCUUGGCAUUUUUCAACUUUGUUCAAUGGGUAGACUGCCUAGUGAAUGUGGAAAGUGACUUGGUUUUGAUCAGAGCAAGGAUUACGUACGGCGAGUGGUUCGUCGUGUUGGAAUUAAUGUACAAAGCGCUCACCAUCGACUAUCGUCUCCUGUGUUCUUUCAUAUUCCUUGAGCAUUCGAUGCAAAUUCAAAACGAAACAGGUGGUGCUGAGACAGCUAACGCCGGCAGAGAAAAUGAAACAGCCUUCAGAAUCUACAAUAUGACCUGUUCAGAUCGCCAGUACAGAAACCUUGGGUAUCUACUGGGAUUUUUCUGUUUUCUCGCUCCAUUCAGCUGCGCUGUUUAUUACGUGCACAACCUUGAGUUGCCUGUCUACAUACGUGUUGCAACGAAUUUCUUGAAUGCCCUCUGUAUUUUUGUAUGUGGGAUGAUUCUUUUGCUAAAGAACAAGCUUGAUUUCGAAAGGAAGGACAAGGAGUCAAUGAGCGUUAAAAUCAUGGCUUGCUGUCUGGGUUCUGUUGGUUUUGCGAGUUUGAUGAUCAAUGCUGCUCUCGCUCAGUUCUGGGCGAGCAGCCAACAUUAUUUACGCAGCUACCAUUGGGCAUGCGCAGAACUGUCGGUUCGCGGCCUCACGGCUACUUUCUUGAUGGUCAUGUUUCUUCACGUGAAUGCUCGCGCCUUGCCUUUAAACAAUCCAGAUGUGAAGAUCAACCACUUUCUCGUGCCUGCUUUGAUGCUUGGAGUCAUGGCUAAUUGUGCAGCGUGUUUGGUUGAUCAAUAUUUUGGUCCUCUUGAUAAAAGAAUAAGAUGUGAGAUUACAGGAACGAGUUUGAGGUUGCUGCACGACGCAGGAGAACCUAUGUACCUUGGAUUCCUAAUCCACGUGUUUCUUCAUUUCCUCAUUAUGCAGACACGGAUGGGUCGAUCCAAGAGGUCCCUCCCAGGAAACGAGAAUACACCAUUGUUGCAUCCGAAUGGAACAGAUAUCGAUGGAUCGUGAAUUUAAGAUCUUCUUAACCUACUGGGCGGACCAAAUGCUGUAACUCUUAAUUUAAAUUUCCGCUCGUGAUCACCCAGCAAAUAAAUCUGUGCGGUCAAAUUCGUUUAGUAGCGAUUACAAUGCGAAAAAACUCCCAUUCACUGAAUUUCCAACAUAAAGAAGGAACACUGUCGCGUAAGUAUGGGCUUCAACUAAGGUAGAUUGGAUUUAAAAUAAGAGCGAGGAGCCGUGAAAAUUGCAAAACGAGAAGUAACCACAACCUCCGCGUUCACGUGGUGCCAUUUUCGUGCGCCCAUUUUCUCGUCUGUCUUCAUCAACGGGGAGCCUGGCACAAGCUGUCAUACGCAGCCAACUUGAAGCACUUUGAUUGGUCAAGAGGGUGGCUGCACAAGUUUCCUAAACCAAUCACAGAGCGAUUUAUCUCGAUACUCAAGUGAAAGUCCCUCGAGUAAGAGUUACACCAAUACUUCCAAACAAAUAGUACCAGAGAUUUUAUUCUUCUUCGAAACGAAGGCAUUUCUGUACAUUAAGACCAAUCAAAUUUCGCCGAACUGGCUCGACUUCAAUUUAGAUCUGUUAAUCCAGUAAUUAAAUCAAAAGAGAGUUCCAUUUAUCCAUCUGAUCCGGACAGCACAGGAAAUCGAGGUACAUAAGAAGUAGUUACAUUAAAUUUUGAGGUAUUUAGCUACUGUCAAUGAAAUAUGAUCAAUUCUAACGAAGGAAGAUAACCAUAUAAAAUUCUCUGCUUGUGGACUUUGGCCUAGAGUUACUUUCCGGUACCAUAGUUCGCUCCACCAGCCUUGACGAGAACUGAUUUUACAUGAUCGAAAUCGAGUUCCUCUGGAUCGUUUGCCAAGAUUUCCACGGCAAAAGCCUGCAACAAAAGCAA